CUUGUGAGUAUCAGUCGAAAGCACGUUAUUUGAACUUUAAUUUAUGUAGUAAACUUAGUUUACAUGACCUAGGUGACCUGUAUUAUCGCCUGCAGUUUACACUAGACUCUAGAGAUUAUCGAACAUUCAAAUAGUGUCGUUUCCCGCGUUCGGAACUCGUAUUGUGCGCGUGCGCCUGAUUCGUUUAUACAUACAUAGAUAAAAUGGGUGGUAACUAUUCAGCCAUGAAUCCGAUGGACGUACCUGUGCCCGAUAUAGAGAAAUUAUUCGAAAGAGAUGGAUAUUUGAAGCCAUAUGAACGAGAAAUCAAGCGCCGCUAUGGGUGCUUCAAGGACCUGUGGGAUAAGAUGAGCUCGUGGGAGGGUGGCGUGGAAGGUUUCACCACUGGCUACAGGUACUUCGGGCCUCAGUUCGCCGCUGAUGGUUCAGUGACGUGGCGCGAGUGGGCGCCGGGGGCGCACGCUAUACAUUUGCAGGGAGAUUUCAACGGCUGGAACUCCAAGAGCCAUGCCUUCAAGAGGUUGGAAUUUGGCAAAUGGGAGCUGCACAUCCCAGCCAAUGCGGAUGGCUCCUGUCCUAUAAAGCACGAGAGCCGUGUCCAACUGAUCGUCAACGACCACCUGUACAGAGUGUCUCCCUGGGCCAGCUAUGUGAAGCCCCACGAGGGAUUCACAUACCAGCAGUUUAUAUACAAACCAGAUCAGCCCUACAAGUUCAAGAACGCCAAAGUCCCCCGCCCCGCGUCCCUGCGCAUCUACGAGUGUCAUGUGGGAAUCGGGACGAAUGAAGGCAGAGUCGGCUCCUACCUCGAGUUCAAAGACAACGUGCUGCCUAGGAUCAAGGACUUGGGUUACAAUGCGAUACAGCUGAUGGCGAUUAUGGAGCACGCGUAUUACGCAUCCUUCGGAUACCAAGUCACCAGCUUCUUCGCUGCUAGCAGUCGCUACGGCACACCCUGCGAGCUGAAGCAGCUGAUCGACCGCGCGCACGAGCUCGGCAUAUACGUCCUACUGGACGUGGUCCACUCCCACGCGUCCAAGAACACGCUGGAUGGACUCAACGAGUUCGACGGCACCAACGCCUGCUACUUCCAUGACGGAGCGCGAGGCACUCACGCUCUGUGGGACAGCAGGCUGUUCAACUAUUCUGAAACCGAAGUUUUAAGAUUCUUGCUGUCCAAUCUCAGAUGGUAUCAAGAAGAAUAUCAGUUCGACGGAUUCAGAUUCGACGGCGUGACGUCCAUGUUGUACCACAGCCGCGGCAUCGGCGAGGGCUUCUCGGGCCACUACGACGAGUACUACGGCCUCAACGUCGACACCGAGGCACUCAUCUACCUCAUGCUCGCCAACGAGCUCGUACACAGCCUCGACAGUAGAGCCAUCACUAUUGCUGAGGACGUAUCCGGCAUGCCAGCGUCCUGCCGGCCGGUCCGCGAGGGAGGCACCGGCUUCGACUACCGCCUCGGCAUGGCCAUCCCCGACAUGUGGAUCAAGCUGCUCAAGGAGGAGCAGGACGAGAACUGGAAGAUCGGCCACAUCGUCCACACGCUCACCAACCGCCGCUGGAUGGAGGGCACCGUGGCGUACGCUGAGAGCCACGACCAGGCUCUUGUUGGCGACAAGACCAUCGCGUUCUGGCUGAUGGACGCAGCUAUGUACACACACAUGAGCACUCUCAGCGAGCCCAAUCCGGUCAUAGAGCGGGGGCUGGCUCUUCACUGCAUGAUCAGGCUCAUCACACACGCGCUCGGUGGAGAAGCGUAUUUGAAUUUUAUGGGUAACGAGUUCGGUCACCCCGAGUGGCUAGACUUCCCUCGCGCGGGCAACGACUCGUCGUACCACUACGCGCGCCGCCAGUGGCACCUGGUGGACGACCCGCUCCUCAAGUACAAGUUCCUCAAUGAGUUCGACAAGGACAUGAACAGGCUGGAGGACAAGCACGGCUGGUUGAGGUCUAACCCGGCGUACGUAUCCUGCAAGCACGAGGGUGACAAAGUGGUGGCGUUUGAGAGAGCAGGACUACUGUUCGUGUUCAACUUCCACCCUUACCAGAGUUUCACCGACUACAGAGUCGGCGUCGACGUGGCUGGCAAAUAUCAGGCGGUGCUGUGCUCUGACAGCAAAAAGUAUGGCGGAUUCGGGCGCGUGGAGCCCGAAGGAGAAUACCACCUCACACAGAACAUGCCGUGGGGCAACAGGAAUGAUUCUAUACAGGUAUACAUCCCUUGCCGCACAGCUAUCGUGUAUGCCCGCAGCGACUGAUUUUUUUAGCGAGAUGUGAACUUGUA